AUGGUGCAGACGGUUAAGGAACUCUUCAAGAAGUCUCCGGACUGGCCUUUGGCCCUCUUGGCAUACAACAAUGCACCUGGCCUGACUCGGUACAGCCCUGCUCAGCUGCUCAUGGGGCGCAGCCUCAGGACUCGCCUUCCAGUCCCAAUGGCCACAUUGCUCCCAGAACCGCCUAACGCUGCCGACUUCCACCGGCGUGACACGGCCCAACGGCAUCGCCAGCAUCAAGAUUUUGACCGUCGACAUGCUGCACAAGAUUUGCGGCCCCUGGAGGAGGGAGAGAGAGUGUGGAUUCACGACACAGAUUGUGCUGGCACUGUUCUGUGCCCAGCACAGCGUCCACACUCCUAUGUGGUCCAGAUGGAUGCAGGUGCUCUUGUCUGCAACCCGAGACAUCUGGUUCCGCAGCAGUCUCCGUCAUCAGGUGGUCUAGACCUCUGCAGCCCCAGUCCACAAACACAAGGAUCCGAAAGCCUGCCACAGACUCCAACUCGCCCAGAGCCUGUGUGCAGCAGUCCAACUCUCAGGGCACUUACUCCUCCACCAGUUGCAUCGCCACCAGUUGCCCCAGCUACGCCCUCAAGACCGCCUGGGUUGCUUGUGCACACUCGGUCAGGACGUUGUGUUAGGCCACCGGCGCGGCUGAACUUGUAG